GCGGAGCCGGCGCGGCCGCGGGCCAGGCGCCGAGGUGCGCGCGGAGCGAGGUGGCCGCAGCGUCUCCGCGCGCGGCCCAAGCCCGGCAGGAGUGCGGAACCGCCGCCUCGGCCAUGCGGCUCCCGGCCGGGGGGCCUGGGCUGGGGCCCGCGCCGCCCCCCGCGCUCCGCCCCCGCUGAGCCUGAGCCCGACCCGGGGCGCCUCCCGCCCGGCACCAUGGUGCAGAAGUCGCGCAACGGCGGCGUAUACCCCGGCCCGAGCGGGGAGAAGAAGCUGAAGGUGGGCUUCGUGGGGCUGGACCCCGGCGCGCCCGACUCCACAAGGGACGGGGCGCUGCUGAUCGCCGGCUCCGAGGCCCCCAAGCGCGGCAGCAUCCUCAGCAAACCUCGCGCGGGCGGCGCGGGCGCCGGGAAGCCCCCCAAGCGCAACGCCUUCUACCGCAAGCUGCAGAAUUUCCUCUACAACGUGCUGGAGCGGCCGCGCGGCUGGGCGUUCAUCUACCACGCCUACGUGUUCCUCCUGGUUUUCUCCUGCCUCGUGCUGUCUGUGUUUUCCACCAUCAAGGAGUAUGAGAAGAGCUCGGAGGGGGCCCUCUACAUCCUGGAAAUCGUGACUAUUGUGGUGUUUGGCGUGGAGUACUUCGUGCGGAUCUGGGCCGCAGGCUGCUGCUGCCGGUACCGUGGCUGGAGGGGGCGGCUCAAGUUUGCCCGGAAGCCAUUCUGUGUGAUUGACAUCAUGGUGCUCAUCGCCUCCAUUGCGGUGCUGGCCGCCGGCUCCCAGGGCAACGUCUUUGCCACAUCUGCGCUCCGGAGCCUGCGCUUCCUGCAGAUUCUGCGGAUGAUCCGCAUGGACCGGCGGGGAGGCACCUGGAAGCUGCUGGGCUCUGUGGUCUAUGCCCACAGCAAGGAGCUGGUCACUGCCUGGUACAUCGGCUUCCUUUGUCUCAUCCUGGCCUCGUUCCUGGUGUACUUGGCAGAGAAGGGGGAGAACGACCACUUUGACACCUACGCGGAUGCACUCUGGUGGGGCCUGAUCACGCUGACCACCAUUGGCUACGGGGACAAGUACCCCCAGACCUGGAACGGCAGGCUCCUUGCGGCGACCUUCACCCUCAUCGGUGUCUCCUUCUUUGCGCUGCCUGCAGGCAUCUUGGGGUCUGGCUUUGCCCUGAAGGUUCAGGAGCAGCACAGGCAGAAGCACUUUGAGAAGAGGCGGAACCCGGCAGCAGGCCUGAUCCAGUCGGCCUGGAGAUUCUACGCCACCAACCUCUCGCGCACAGACCUGCACUCCACGUGGCAGUACUACGAGCGAACGGUCACCGUGCCCAUGUACAGUUCGCAAACUCAAACCUACGGGGCCUCCAGACUUAUCCCCCCGCUGAACCAGCUGGAGCUGCUGAGGAACCUCAAGAGUAAAUCUGGACUCGCUUUCAGGAAGGACCCCCCACCGGAGCCGUCUCCAAGUAAAGGCAGCCCGUGCAGAGGGCCCCUGUGUGGAUGCUGCCCCGGACGCUCUAGCCAGAAGGUCAGUUUGAAAGAUCGUGUCUUCUCCAGCCCCCGAGGCGUGGCUGCCAAGGGGAAGGGGUCCCCGCAGGCCCAGACUGUGCGGCGGUCACCCAGCGCCGACCAGAGCCUCGAGGACAGCCCCAGCAAGGUGCCCAAGAGCUGGAGCUUCGGGGACCGCAGCCGGGCACGCCAGGCUUUCCGCAUCAAGGGCGCCGCGUCACGGCAGAACUCAGAAGAAGCAAGCCUCCCCGGAGAGGACAUUGUGGAUGACAAGAGCUGCCCCUGCGAGUUUGUGACCGAGGACCUGACCCCGGGCCUCAAAGUCAGCAUCAGAGCCGUGUGUGUCAUGCGGUUCCUGGUGUCCAAGCGGAAGUUCAAGGAGAGCCUGCGGCCCUACGACGUGAUGGACGUCAUCGAGCAGUACUCAGCCGGCCACCUGGACAUGCUGUCCCGAAUUAAGAGCCUGCAGUCCAGGAUAGAUAUGAUUGUGGGUCCCCCGCCCCCUUCAACUCCCCGGCACAAGAAGUACCCCACCAAAGGACCCACGGCCCCUCCGAGAGAGUCACCCCAGUACUCACCUAGAGUGGACCAGAUCGUGGGGCGGGGCCCAGCGAUCACGGACAAGGACCGCACCAAGGGCCCGGCCGAGGCGGAGCUGCCCGAGGACCCCAGCAUGAUGGGACGGCUCGGGAAGGUGGAGAAGCAGGUCUUGUCCAUGGAGAAGAAGCUGGACUUCCUGGUGAAUAUCUACAUGCAGCGGAUGGGCAUCCCCCCGACAGAGACCGAGGCCUACUUUGGGGCCAAAGAGCCGGAGCCGGCGCCGCCGUACCACAGCCCGGAAGACAGCCGGGAGCAUGUCGACAGGCACGGCUGCAUUGUCAAGAUCGUGCGCUCCAGCAGCUCCACGGGCCAGAAGAACUUCUCGGCGCCCCCGGCCGCACCCCCUGUCCAGUGUCCGCCCUCCACCUCCUGGCAGCCACAGAGCCACCCGCGCCAGGGCCACGGCACCUCCCCCGUGGGGGACCACGGCUCCCUGGUGCGCAUCCCGCCGCCGCCUGCCCACGAGCGGUCACUGUCCGCCUACGGCGGAGGCAACCGCGCCAGCAUGGAGUUCCUGCGGCAGGAGGACACCCCGGGCUGCAGGCCCCCCGAGGGGACCCUGCGGGACAGCGACACGUCCAUCUCCAUCCCGUCCGUGGACCACGAGGAGCUGGAGCGUUCCUUCAGCGGCUUCAGCAUCUCCCAGUCCAAGGAGAACCUGGAUGCUCUCAACAGCUGCUACGCGGCUGUGGCGCCCUGUGCCAAAGUCAGGCCCUACAUCGCGGAGGGAGAGUCAGACACCGACUCCGACCUCUGUACCCCGUGCGGGCCCCCGCCACGCUCGGCCACCGGCGAGGGUCCCUUUGGUGACGUGGGCUGGGCCGGGCCCAGGAAGUGAGGCGGCGCUGGGCCAGUGGACCCGCCCGCGGCCCUCCUCAGCACGGUGCCUCCGAGGUUUUGAGGCGGGAACCCUCUGGGGCCCUUUUCUUACAGUAACUGAGUGUGGCGGGAAGGGUGGGCCCUGGAGGGGCCCAUGUGGGCUGAAGGAUGGGGGCUCCUGGCAGUGACCUUUUACAAAAGUUAUUUUCCAACAGGGGCUGGAGGGCCGGGCAGGGCCCUGUGGCUCCAGGAGCAGCGUGCAGGAGCAAGGCUGCCCUGUCCACUCUGCUCAGGGCCGCGGCUGACAUCAGCCCGGUGUGAGGAGGGGCGGGAGUGAUGACGGGGUGUUGCCGGCGUGGCGACGGGCGGGGGUUGUCUCAGCCGAGCCCAGGGGAGGCACAAAGGGCAGGCCUGUUCCAUGAGGACCUGCGCAAAGGGCGGGCCUGUUGGGUGAGGACCUGCGGCCUUGGGUCCUGGUGGGGUUUCCGGGCAGCUGCAGGCGGGUGUGGCCGGCCGCUGUGCGUGGCCUCUGCCCUCACACCUGACCUGUCCGGCGGGCUUUCCUGUUCCCCACCUCAGGGGCGCCCAAAUACAGAGCUAUUGGUUGGCGUUUUCUCCCUGUACUUUCUGGGAUCUGAGGGCUCUUUCCAUGGAAGCCAGCCCCGAGGUGGAGACCUUCGCCUGCAGCCGAGGUGCGGGUGGGGCCUGGGAACCAAACUGGAGCCCAGAGUGGACGUCCAGCCCUCUGGUCUUGGCCUCUAGGGGGAGGUGCUGGCUCACGGUGGGGCCAGGGAGCCGGCUCCAAAGGGUCUUCAAAAAGGGGGUCCUUGGGGGCUCCAGCUGCCUCGCCCUGGCCUUUCCGUGGGUGUGUGAGAGCCAGCAGCACCCCAGCCUUGGAGACCGGGGGGGCGGGACCCCAAGUCCUCCCCUCUCUCCUGACUGCCCUGGCCGGGUGCCGGCACUGCGAGACCCACCUGGUGAGCAGGCCUCACAGUUCUUAGCCAGGGCCCCACCUCGCCUGUGUCCCACCAGUGCCCCGACAGACCUGGAGCAGGGCUGGGCCAUGAUGCAGUGGGCCAGGAUAGCCUCCACCGUCAGCACAGGGCCGCCCUCCCCACCUUUCCGGAGGAAACCACUCCCACCUCAGCCCAGCUGUGCGCCCUCCCUAGCUCUCCUGCCCCCUGGAGCUGAUGGCCCCUUCUCCACUGACCGAUUCCUUAGCGAGGCCUCUUGGGGUCUCGGGCCUCAGGGGUGCACCGUCCCAUGCCCAUCCUGUUGUGGGCACCGUGGCCCUUGGGGCAGGCGGCUUUGAUGGGGGAGCGAGUCCCUAGCUCCAGACUUAAGAACCAGACCCCGGGAGCAUCUGGCAUUUGGCGUGACGGCGUCGCAGGCGGGCCUGGGCUCCCUGGAGAGUGGCCUCCCUGGGAGUGAGCAGGGCUGGGGUCGUGGGCGCAAAUACUCCUGCAGAGCAAGUGCAGGGGAGUCCUGGGCCCGUUUCUCCUCCACCUGCGUUUUCAGCGCACUUGGCUUGGCUGGGAAGUCCUGAGGCCCUGAGGCCAGCAGGGGAACCAGUCCUGAGGGAGAGGACUUUGAAAGCAGCAUUUGAGGGUCGUACGCCCCUGGCUGGUGGGGGUCCUGGCGCUCAGGGUGUUUGGGGAGCCAUGUCUGGCGUUCAUUGUGGGGAGCUGCUGCCCUGGCCUCUCUGCCUACCCCCAGCCCGGCCAGGGCACUCCCAGGCCCUGUCGCCAUUGAGGUGCCUCCGCUGGGCUGUCUCCUCACCCCUCCCUGUGCUGGAGCCUGUCCCAAAAAGGUGCCAACUGGGAGGCCUCAGAAGCCACUGUCCAGGCUCCCACUGCCUGUCUGCUCUGUUCCCAAAGGCAGCGUGUGUGGCCUCCGGCCCUGCGGUGGCGUGAAGCAUCCCUUCUGGUGUGGGUGUGGCUACGUGUUUUGGGGGCAGCGUUUCACGGCGGUGCCCUUGCUGUCUCCCUUGGGCUGGCUCGAGCCCGGGGUCCAUGUCCCUUCGCCUUCCCGUCAUGGGACAGGGAAUCCAUAGCAGGGCCCACAGGCAGGGGUAUGAGUGCGUCCCACCCAACGCAGCACCAGCCCCGGCCACCCCUCCCCGUGUCCCCAGUUCCGUCUCAGCUACCUGGACUCCAGGACCCUGGAGAAGGGAGACCUGGCAGUGGAGGGAGGCUGUGCUGUGUGUCCCUGCCGAGGUGUGACCCUGCCUGCUCUUUCCUCCCCGGCCAGGUGUGGCCCCGCCUGCUCUUUCCUCCCCCCCCCCAAGGUGUGGCCCCACCUGUUCUUUCCUCCCCCCCCUGAGGUGUGGCCCCACCUGCUGUUUCCUCCCCACCCCCAGUAUGGCCCCACCUGCUCUUUCCUCCCCCGAGGUGAGGCCCCGCCUGCUCUUUCCUCCCAUGGGGCCGCUGAGGCAUGAGCACCUGGGCACAGGUUGGGGCUCUGCAGGAUGAGGAAGACAGGCCAAUCCCUUCCCUCCCAGAAGCUGGCCGCCCAGCAGGAGGGACUGAGGCCAGACUCAUGUCCAGCAAGGAACGUGUGGUGUGUCCCCUGGGAAGUCUCUGGGCCCUGGGAAGAGGGAAGGUGCACAUCCUGGGAUGGUUGGGGGGGCCCUGUUUUGGGAGACAAAGGGGUAGAGGGUCUGUCUUGGGCCCCCCCAGACUAGCCUGAGCAGUGCAGCCACCUACUGCCCCACCUCAGAGAAGUGCAGCGGGAAGGAGGCUGGAGGUGGUGCGGCGCUGCCUCGGGUGUCUGCGUGAAUGAGCGUGGCCAAGGACCAGUGCCACCUCAUGGCAAAGAGCUCCCGCAAUGUUUGUUAGAGUGCACAUCCCUACGUGCCCACUGGCACACACACGUGCUCACAUACAUGUCCGCAUACAGGCGUACACAUGCACGCUUGCACACAUGCACACAGACCACAUAGCACACACGUGCACUGAUCACACCUGUAUAGACCAUGCACAGUACACAUACGUGCAUACACAUGCCUGCAUACAGGUAUACACAUGCACGCUUACAUGCGCACAUGCACAGAUCACACACGUGCACACACGUGUAGCUCACACACAGUAUACACACACACAAGUGCACAGACCACACACAGCACUAACACAUGCACACACAAAGUGCAUAGGCCACAGCACACACAAGUGCACAGACCACACUGCACACAUGCACACACACACGCAUGCGUGCACACUCCUCGCACUUCCAGCCUUGGAGCCCUUCUGUCUCUGGUCUUUCUCUUUGACCCUGCUGGGUGUAAGCUGCCUGGGGAGGGGCUACAGGGAGUAAUUGUGGCUUUAGGGGUCGUGGUGAUGCUGGAAUGUCAAGCGCCGUCGUGGGGUAUCCGACUGUCCGGGCUUCUGGUCUGCAGUGGCAGAGCGCCAGGCAGAGCCCAAUCAGGGUCUCGUGCUGCCCUUCCCCUCCACAGCCUGGCAGCCAUCCAGAGGAGGGGCUCUACCAGAUGCCAAGGUACCCCGGUGUCUGUAUGGGUGUCCGGUUGGGUUCUGUGUUUGGUCUGCCCUGGAGGUGCUGGGCCCUGCUGGGAUGGGUGGCUCAGCCUCGAAUCCCAGCCCCCAGCCCAGGCAGGUGCUGCUGCCUGUUGUGGUUUCCUGGCCCAGCUUCUCCUUCUCCCUCUGCGUAAAAUCACAGUCCGUGAGUCUUCCAGCUGCCACCACGGCUGGGACACGCUGGGGGAGGGCUCCUCCCAUGCCUCCUGCACACAGCCGUCUGAGCAGGGCAGGUGCCCAACACCCCCCACUGGAGGACACGCUGCCCCUCAGCGAUGCCCCUACCUUUUGGGGGGCCUUGUCUCAAGCCCCCACUUGGAGGCUGAAAUCACCCCAGGCACUGUGAGGGCUUCUCCAGGGGGCACCCUUUGAGCUGUGGGUCUGAUCACCCCAAGUCCCGCCCGGAGGAGAGGCACAGCCAGGGUGUGUGGUUUAAUGUUUGCCCCCUUCGGGGCUGGAGGUCUCAGUGUUUCUAGAUUCCAGACCCUGCUGCCGGAGAGACCUGCUGCCGGAGAGAAGGGGAGGAGGACUCCAGCUGGGCUCGGUCCCCCACAGUCAGGGACCCCCAUAAAGGACACCCCCUUCUCUCUAGAAAGAGCUGGGCUCUGAGCUAUUUCUAGUUGCUUCCCAGAAGCCGAGGAGCAGAAGGAGCUGUGAGAGCUUUGCAGAAACGCCCUUGUCCCCGCCGCCCUGAGCUAUGAAUGCCGUACAGAGCAGAGGCCGGGGCAUUGGCAAGAUCACAGGUUGAUGCUGCACAGCCCCAUUGACACAAACCCUCAAAGCAGACGUGAGAGGGACGGUUCACAAAGCUUGGACCUGCCGUGGAGGGUGCCCAGCAGACGUGGUGUGAGAGGGACGGUUCACAAGACUUGGACCUGCCAUGGAGGGUGUCCGGCAGACGUGGUGUGAGAGGGACAGCUCACGAGGCUUGGACCUGGUGGAGGGUGCCCGGCAGACGUGGUGUGAGAGGGACAGCUCACGAGGCUUGGACCUGGUGGAGGGUGCCCGGCAGACGUGGUGUGAGAGGGACGGCUCACGAGGCUUGGACCUGCCAUGGAGGGUGCCCAGCAGACAUGGUGUGAGAGGGAUGGUUCACAGGGCUUGGACCUGCCGUGGAGGGUGCCCGGCAGAUGUGGUGGGAGAGAGAUGGCUCAUGAGGCUUGGACCUGCCGUGGAGGGUGCCCAGCAGACGUGGUGUGAGAGGGAUGGCUCACGAGGCUUGGACCUGGUGGAGGGUGCCCGGCAGACGUGGUGUGAGAGGGACGGUUCACAAGGCUUGGACCUGCCAUGGAGGGUGUCCGGCAGACGUGGUGUGAGAGGGACAGCUCACGAGACUUGGACCUGGUGGAGGGGGCCCAGCAGACGUGGUGUGAGAGGGACGGCUCACAGGGCUUGGACCUGCCGUGGAGGGUGCCCAGCAGGGGGCUGAGCUCUGAGGGGUGGGUGCUCAGUGCACGGGUGCCCCCAGUGUCCUCUGGCCCUGUCCGGUGCCUCCCCCAACCCCCACACCCAUGCAAAACUCCCAGGUCACAUGUAUAUAUGUCCAGGGCAUGGGGGUGGGGUGAAGAGGCCUGGUCAGGGCCUUUAGGGGCUGCAGGAUGGCAUGGCCACCUGGGGAGCCUGUGUGGCUGUGCCGGGCCAGCCAUCCUGCAUUCCCACCCAGUGGGCAGUCUCCACCUUGGCCCCAGCAAAGCGCUAUGCAGCCGGAGAGACAGCCAGGGCGGCUUCCUGAAGGAUGUGGGAUGGUGGACUCCGGGGUCGAGGGAAUACCCAGGUUCCUGUCCCUCCGGGAGACCUAGAGAAGCUGCACACCCAGGAGCUUUCCAUGACCCGGGAGCAUGAGUGAAUGGGGGUUCCAGUUUGCUGAACUUUGCUGUCUUGUAAGGGUGGGGGCUGAUGGCCGACCCUGGGAGGAGGUGACAUCGCAGGGGGAGGUUGUGGGCCACGGUGGAGGAGGAGAGACGGGAGGGGACCAUUUGGGAUGGAGGGGCCUCUUCAGAGUUUUAAAAGGCAUUUAAAAGGCAUUGUGGGGUGGAGUUGAGUGUGCUCUGGGCUUGGACACUUGCCGUGGUACUCCUGGCUGGCCGAGGAGACUGGCUCUGGCCAGGGGCCCCGUCCUGAGAGGUCCUCAGCGUCUGACUCUCGGCCAGGCGCCAGCAAGGAGGGGCCGGUCCCCGGGGCUACCAGGCAGGCACGUGCACAUCGCCAUCGCCACACGCCAACUCCGCCUGGGUUUUACAAAGUCGUUGCCUUAACGCAUGUGGACAGGAACUCCCUGAGGUCGCCCCAUGCCCCCUGGCUGUGCCAGGUACGGACACCCUGGACCCUGCGAACAGGUGGGGCGGGUGAGGGGCCCAAGGGACGGGCUCCAGAGACACGCGCAGGGCAGGAGGGGUCUCACGGAGGGGUCUCGCACUGAGGCGCCCAGAGCUGGCGGUCCCGCUGGACGCCAUCCCUCUGCCCGGGAUCCACACGGCCCACGUGUGCCCGCCAUGCCCGCGCCCCACGCCAUUGCAGUCUGCCAUCCUCUGGCCGUGACGGUGGCCCAUGCGCACCCGCCAUGCCCGCGCCCCACGCCAUUGCAGUCUGCCAUCCUCUGGCCGUGACGGUGGCUGCAGCUUCCCCAUUUGCGCCGUUGCCUCUGGCUGUCUGCACUUUUGUUCAUGCUCCAAAGAAUAUUUCAUAAUGCCUUCAGUACCGACGUACACUUCUGACCAUUUUGUAUGUGUCCUUGUGCCAUAGUGACCAGGCCUUUUUUUUGGUGGAUGUGUUACCCCGCACACUUCAAUCUCAACUUUGUGCACCGUCCGUUUUCUAGGGAUAGACGCCCAGGGAAUGAACUCUAGUUUUCUAACAGAUUAGCUGAGAUAUUAACUUACUCACACGGACAGGUUGAUGCCAGAGCCGUAAAAAUGCGCCAGUGCGGGUUUGCGGGGGACUUCGGGUGUGGGGUCCUGCUGCCGGGAUGGCCGUGGAAGGUUCUGGGGAUCCCUGCUGCCACGGGGACGAGUUUGGACGCCAGGUGGACCUGUGCACUCAGUAAAACGCAGUGAUUCAA